AUGAGUGAUGCUGGGGACAAGGCGUCAGAGAAUGGAGGCGAGACCAGGAGAAUCCCUCCUCCUCCAUCUCCGAUCAGGCAGUCUAAAUAUUCUAGCCCUCGCCUGAGAGUUCUGGUAACAGGAGGUGCGGGAUUUAUCGGAUCUCACCUUGUCGACAGGCUUAUGGAAGCCGGCCAUGAGGUUAUUGUAGCUGACAACUUCUUCACUGGGACCAAGGACAAUAUUCGACAGUGGAUCGGCCAUCCAAACUUCGAAAUCAUUCGUCAUGAUGUCACGGAGACUCUUCUGGUGGAGGUGGAUCAGAUUUACCAUCUGGCGUGUCCUGCUUCGCCGAUCUUCUACAAGUAUAAUCCGGUGAAGACCAUCAAGACUAACGUGAUGGGUACACUGAACAUGCUUGGACUUGCGAAGCGAGUGGGAGCAAGGAUCCUCCUUACUUCAACGUCAGAAGUGUACGGCGAUCCCUUGGAGCACCCGCAGAAGGAGACGUACUGGGGAAACGUCAACCCGAUUGGCGUGCGGAGCUGCUACGACGAGGGCAAGCGAGUGGCGGAGACGCUCAUGUUCGACUACCACCGGCAACACGGCGUUGAGAUCCGGGUGGCGCGCAUCUUUAACACCUACGGACCUCGCAUGAACAUUGACGACGGACGUGUCGUCAGCAACUUCAUUGCCCAGGCCUUCAGGAAUGAGGAACUCACGGUGCAGGCCCCAGGCACACAGACCCGUAGCUUCUGCUAUGUUGCAGACAUGGUGGACGGACUGAUCAAGCUCAUGGAAGGCCCUGUCACUGGCCCCAUCAACCUUGGCAACCCUGGCGAGUUCACCAUGCUAGAGCUUGCAGCUGCUGUCAAAGAGCUGAUUGAGCCAUCUGCCUCAUGGAAGAUAGUGGAGAACACACCUGAUGAUCCACGCCAGCGCAAGCCAGACAUCACGAAGGCCAAGGAGAUUCUUGGAUGGGAACCCAAAGUGACCCUGCGAGAAGGCUUGCCGUUGAUGGCUGAAGACUUCCGCAAGCGGCUCCAUGUCUCCUAG